AUGGAUCCAUAUAUUCUCAAGUCAGGCUGUUGCUUGUGAUCUGUGCCUGUCAGUACGAUUUCUCUUGUCGCUUUCCUGCUUGGAUAAAACUGGAAUGUACCAAAACCACACUAAAGACACCAACAACAACUGCAAUAAAAGCCGUCUCUGUGAUCACAAGGAAAAGCUCAUACAGGCUAUUAAAAGAAUCAAGCAUGAGGUAGAUGAGUGCAAAGAUGCAGAGAGAGAGACGUAUAUAGAAUCAGUGGAAGUAGAGCAUCGGUUUGAUGAUCUGGAACGGGAAAUCAGAGCCGAGUUUCAGAACCUUCACCGCUUCCUUGAUGAAGAGGAGUGUAGGGACCUUGAGCGACUGAGCAGGGAGAAGAAGAAGCAACUGAAGCAGCUGAAGGACAGAGAGAAGAAAAUAGCAGAGCAAGGGAGAGACCUUCAGAACGCAAUCGCAGUGCUCAACAGCAAACUGACAGAGGACGACAGUCCUAAGCUGCUCAAAGAAAUUCAAGAUCUCAUAAAGAGGUCUCAUGUCAGCUUUGUUCUUCCAGUGGAGAUAGACACAGAGGUCCGCUCAGGCCAGUUCGUGGGGCCCAUCCAGUACAGGAUAUGGAAGCACAUGAAAAACUGCCUCUACCCAAAUAUUACAUCAGUAACCUUUGACCCUGAAACCGCCCACCCUAAUCUAUCCCUGUCCCGGUCCUGCGAUUCAGUUUGGUUCGAUGACGAUAAAGACACAGGGGAUUGCCAGGCCAACCCACGACGGUUCAACUACUAUUACUGCAUAUUUGGUCAUCAGGCCUUCAUAUCAGGCCGACACUACUGGGAGGUGGAGGUCGGCAACAAGACAGCGUGGAGGUUGGGUGUGGCACAAGAAGAUGUUCCAAGAGGGGAGAUGGCCGCUACCGGCACCUCAAGUGGUCUCUGGACCUUGGCCUUGAAGGGUGGAUCUAUCCAAGCCUGCACUGACCCACAGCCCACCAAGAUCAAGGUGUCUCUCCGCCUCGUCCGUAUUGGCGUGUUCUUAGACUGUGAAAAGGAAGAGGUGACUUUCUAUAAUGCCAUUACCAUGUCGCCAAUCUACACCUUUUCAAUGGAAACUGUUGGGGUUCCUCUGUUUCCAUACUUUAACCCCUGUGACACCGACGAUGGGAAAAACAUAGCGCCAAUCAAGGUUUUUAACCCAUCACUAUAAGAAGCUGUUGUCACCAGCAUUAAUACUAAUACUAAACAGAUCAAGGAUUCCCCAAAAAAAGAGUCAAUUUUGUGUUUUUAAAGCUGAAACAAUUCAGUGAAUUAAUGGAUGAAUCAGUCAAAAGAAGAAAUCAUGUGCAAUGAUUCUGAUUAUUGGUUAAUUGCUUGUUUUAUUUUUCAAGCACCAACGCCAAAAAUGUGAGGUUUCAGCUCCUGUCUGUUUUAUCUUUACUUUAAAGUGCUCUUCUUCUUGUGUGAAAAUAAACUGAAUGGGUUUUAAACUGUUGGUCAGACAAAAAAGGCAGCACCUUGGGUUUUAAGCAAUUUUGUUCGCAUUUUACAGACACAACAAUCUUUUUAUCAAGAAAAUAAUUAACAAAUUGAACAACAAUGAAAUGAAUUGUCAACGAAAGCCUAAUUAUGUUACUAUUUUCUGAAAGAGUGCUCUAAAUAGGAAAGUCCUCAUUCAGUUUUUGGAAUGAAAAAACAUGGCUGUUACUGUAACCACAACUUUUUCUGUUCUUGUUGUGCAUCUGAUUUUACUGUGAUGUCACUUAAAUGCUGUUGAGAUUGAUCAUCACAUGCAUGUGAGCUGGGGUGAUUCUGGGAUAAUAAUAAAGCAUGGGGAAGGUUCUGGAGCUUCAGGAUCCAUA